AGAGGCGGAGCUAUGAGCCCGGCCCUUCCGGCUUUCCGUACCUCACCAGGUCCGGGAAGGAAAAGACGCUUGCCCUCCCUACGGCGAACAGUGAUGAUGUCAUCGAAGGCCCGCCAGUCCAGCCACGACCCACCUCCGAGCGGUACCGGAGCGGGAGGUGAGGGGUCGGCUCGCGGAUCCAGCUGCAGAGCGACGCGAGGUAUUGGAAUGGUGCUUUGGAUCUUAUGGAGGCCAUUUGGAUUCUCAAGAAGACUUCUGAAACUGGAAAGCCAUAGCAUAACUGAAUCAAAAUCAUUAAUUCCACUAGCUUGGACAUCCCUGACACAGACGCUUUCGAAAGCACCUGGUAUUCUCUUAUUGGGUCAAAGAAAAAUAUUCUCAACCAUGCCAGAAAUAGAAACACAUGAGAGAGACUCUGAAUUGUUUUCACCACCCUCUGAUGUCCGAGGCAUGACAAAACUUGAUAGAACAGCUUUUAAAAAGACAGUCAGCAUUCCAGUGCUUAAAGUGAGGAAAGAAGUAGUCAGUAAAUUGAUGCCAUCCCUUAAAAGAGCAGCAUUGCAGCGCCCAGGUAUAAAACGUGUAAUUGAAGAUCCAGAAGAUAAAGAAAGUAGACUAAUCAUGUUGGAUCCCUAUAAAAUGUUUACUCAUGAUUCCUUUGAGAAAGCAGAACUCAGUGUUUUAGAGCAGUUAAAUGUCAAUCCACAGAUCUCUGAAUAUAAUUUGGAACUAACAUACGAAAACUUUAAGUCAGAAGAGAUCUUGAGAGCUGUGCUUCCUGAAGGUCAAGAUGUAACUUCAGGGUUUAGCAGAGUUGGACAUAUUGCACACCUGAACCUUCGAGAUCAUCAGCUGCCUUUCAAACAUUUAAUUGGCGAGGUUAUGAUUGACAAAAAUCCAGGAAUCACCUCAGCAGUAAAUAAAAUAAACAGUAUUGACAAUACGUACCGAAAUUUCCAAAUGGAAGUGCUAUCUGGAGAACAGAACAUGAUGACAAAGGUUCGAGAAAACAACUACACCUAUGAGUUUGAUUUUUCGAAAGUCUAUUGGAAUCCUCGUCUCUCUACAGAACACAGCCGUAUCACAGAACUUCUCAAGCCUGGGGAUGUCCUGUUUGAUGUUUUUGCUGGGGUUGGGCCCUUUGCCAUUCCAGUAGCAAAGAAAAACUGCACUGUAUUUGCCAAUGAUCUCAAUCCUGAAUCCCAUAAGUGGCUGUUGCACAAUUGUAAAUUAAAUAAAGUGGACCAAAAGGUGAAAGUCUUCAACUUGGAUGGGAAAGACUUCCUCCAAGGACCCAUCAAAGAAGAGUUAAUGCAGCUGCUGAGUCUGUCAAAAGAAAGAAAACCCUCUGUGCACAUUGUCAUGAACUUGCCAGCAAAAGCUAUAGAGUUUCUUAGUGCUUUCAAAUCACUUUUAGAUGAGCAGCCAUGCAGCAGUGAAAUCCUUCCCAUAGUGCACUGUUACAGCUUUUCCAAAGAUGCUAACCCUACUGAGGAUGUUCGUCAAAGAGCUGGAGCUGUGUUAGGCAUUUCCCUGGAGGCAUGCAGUUCAGUUCACCUGGUAAGAAAUGUGGCCCCAAACAAGGAAAUGCUGUGCAUCACCUUUCAGAUUCCUGCUGCUGUACUCUACAAGAACCAGACCAGAAAUCCAGAGAAUUGCGAAGAUCCGCCUCUUAAAAGGCAGAGGACAGCUGAAGCCUUUUCAGAUGAAAAAACACAACUUGCUUCAAACACUUAAUUGGAAAUGUUUUCUCCAUCUCCCUACCAGACUUACAUGUAGCAAAAUAUAAUUUGUAUUAUUAAAUAAAAUUUUAGUGUUCAGUUUUUACUAUUGAACCCUUGUACUUUGCCUUAUUUUAUAAAUUGAGGAUUACGAAUUAAACUUUAACUAAAAUAAGUCUACCAGACACAUUCCCUGUUAUCUAAAUUAUAACAUGUAAUUAUUUUAUAAUCUAAAUUAUAUAUAAUUUUUAUUAGAUAAAUAUGAUGAUUAAAUAUUUUCUUUCAGGGAAAAUCAUUUACGAAGGCAGGGUAAUUGAAUACUGACUAGGAAGGCACUAACACCACUUUGUAGUUGUCCUUUAUAUUACUGCUCCUUUACUACCAAUUAUCACCAUAAAAGUAAUAAAAAAUAAAGUUAUUUAGAACAGGGCAGGCAAACUACAUCCUGCAGGCCAAAUCUUACCCACCGCCCGUGUGCAUAUGGCCUGUGACCUAAUAAUGUUCUUAUAUUUUCCAUUGGUUGAAAAAUAAAAGAACAUUUUGUGAUAUGUGAAAAUUGUAUGAUAUCUACUAUGUAUCAAUU